AUGGCGACUAUUAUUUCAGAAGCGGAAGUCACAGCGGCUAUAGAGGAGGCGUUAGCUGAAGAUUUUGGCGACAUGGAGGACGCAAACGCUGAUGAAACGCCUACUGAAACAAAAAUUGAAACGAUGCGGUUUUCUUUCGAGCCAAGAAACAAGUAUGUAACUGAAGUUAAGGACAUGAAUGAGUACGUUUUGUCGUACUUUGAGUCGAUGAACCACAUGAGUAAGAGAAUCAUUACAGAACAGCGCGAACUUAUGGCUGAACAGGGCAGUAGAUGGAAUCAGUUAAGCCCAGAAGAACAAGACAAGUUAAUAGAUAAUCGAAUGCUCGACCCUAAAGUUAGAAAACAUUACUACGUUGACCAAACUUUCUCAACAAGAAAACCCGACUGGUUUCCUGUCUUGAGGUUGGCCCAUGGAGUCUCCGGGUCGGAAAAUAGUUUUAACCCGCGCGACAGUAUAGCAUCUGUCACGGUAAGGUUUUAUGCCCUUUGUGCUUAGCAAUCAAAUUUAUUUUCCUUCAAAUUGAUUUUCUGAGUAAGUUUUGGGUUCGAAACAUUAUCUUCGCAUUUCAACGCAUCUUUGAGGGCAUAUUUGAAUCGAAUUCUUGGCAAAUUACGCAUUUGGAAGCAUAACAUGUCACACUAUUUUUUAAUGCGAGCGUGCUCAUGACUUCUACCUGAUAGCCAUUGAUGGUAAUAGCAUUGGGUGUGGUGGAUUAAGAUCAUUUUAUGUAGACUUUAACAUACACCACAUCUCGGGAAUGGAGCUAAUUCUUAAAAGAAAUUAGAGGAAAAGCUAGGAGAGCGUGUUCCAGUUUUUGCCCUAAUGAUUAUACUACCCUGGCGGUAAAUAUUGUAAAACUACAUUGUGAAUAUUUAUGGAUCGUGGAUUUCCCUUCCAUCUUAAGGCUGAGAAAGAAUCAGUUGUUGUCACGUUUUUGGGAGAGUGCUACUAACAGGAACAUUCAAUGUUACAACAUGGCAGUCUUUACCCUACCUCAAAUAUCUUACUUUUUAUCACUCCAAAGGCACAUAAAUGUUACGCAUGAAUGCCACUUGGACUUGACUAACAUACUUGAUCCCGUUUCUAUGGAGAAAAGUUGUCCCAGGUGCAGGGGUCACCCCGGAAGCUACCAGUGGCAAAGCUAACUUUUCAUACAUUUCCUUUUAAAAAACAAAAUGGGGCAAACCAUUUACUUGAGAAACAAAAAGUUGGCAUGGCUAAGAGGGUGACUCACCAAGCGGGGUCAUCCUUUUGUGAGGGUAGGGUCACCCUUGUGGUUGGGCGAACAAUUGUAUCCAAAUAAACACUUUGGCUCACCCAGCCAGGCCAACUCAGUCAAGGUGAGACAAUCAGAGCAUGUGUGAGUGCUGUUGUAGAUAACUGCAGAGCAUGCCCAAGGACUGCUGGCUCGGGCAAAGGGAUCAACUUUUUUCUCAAUGAUGUGACUGUCAUAGGUAAAAAUCCAUUCUUAAACUAGCUAAACCAGUAUUCAAGUGAUUAGCAGGCCCUGCGAAAAAUUUUCUUUUUAAGAAAAGAAAACAAAUCUAACCAAGUCACCAUUCUAGCUUGACAAACCAGAAAAGACGUCAGACACAUAUCAUGUUCACUUAUAAAUAUUUCUUUAAUUAUUGCUUUGCAAAUCUCCUGCUACCAAGUGGUAGUCUUUGAUGGUUAUUCUGUCCAGUAAUCAUGCAUGUCUGACUGCAGGUGGGAUUAAUUUUCACUGGAUGGCAAAUUUUUGGUUGGACAUUGUCUGAUGACCAACUGUAAUAUUUGCACCUCUGUAUUAGAGUUAGCUUUAUGCUAGGAUUCUUACCUUAGCAGACCACCUUGUAGGUUGAAUACUUGUUUAACCAUAGAAGAGAUUCUACCUAUCACAUAUUUACUGAUGUCAGUAUAGUGUAAUCUAAAAAAUUAAAGAUUAUUUUCCUUUUCACCGAAAUUAGGAAAAACCUAUUUUGCACAAAUAUUUUUUUCAACAGACUGAUGUUGCAAAUUGCAUGUGUGUAGAAAAGUGCAUUCAAAGUAAUAACAUGAUAUUGAGUAAUACUUAAUUAGCUUAGACAUUACAAAUCUCAUAGAAACAAUAAUUCCUUUUCCCUUUUCUCUUUUGGUUUUUCUCUUGUUUGGUUUAAACAAGGAGGCAGUGUGGCCGAGUGGUCAGCCCAUCGGACUCCCAAUCCGGUGGCCCCAGGAUCGAGUCCCGCUCUGGCCACUUGCUGGAUUUGUACUCGGUCUUCCCGGGUUCAAAUUCUCAGCCAGGCUUGUAAAUAGCCAACUGGUUGCCUCCUGUCAGUUGGGGUUUUUAAUCCUGUUAUGUUGUAUUUGAAUUAUUAUUUUGUUUCUAAAUAUUUGAUUGGAGUGCCUGUAAACUAGCUGGAUAAGUUAAGUGUACUUUCCACUAUAAACAAGCCUUUAAACCUUUUAAAACCUUUUUUUUUUAUAGGAGAUACAUUCAAAAGACCAGUUCUCAGCUCCUUGGUCUUGGGAGACAAAAGUAAGUGAUUGGAGUAUCUCAGGAAUUCCUAUAUGUUGAUAUACUUGUAUUACUAAAGAAUAAUGAAGCCCUCUUGCGGUGGGGGGGGGGGGAGUACGUUAAACAGGGUUUUCAAUAAGAUUUCAAGUAGGUGGCAAAAGCUUUGGAGUAGGUGGGGAAGGAAAAACUUGCGAUAAAGGUGCAACUUUCUGGAAAAACUUUGAAAUCUGGACCUCUUGGAUGCAUUUCCAGAAUUCUGAAGCAAAAAUGAGAGUGUUUGAACAGAACACAUACAUCAUGAAGUUUGGGCUUUUUUAUUCAUUGACAACACAUGAAUACUCUAUUUAAACUGGGGUAAUUUCCAAAGAAUAGUAGGCGGCGAGUUUGUGUGAAAUAGCCGGCGAAUUUCGCUGGCCACUGGCUCUUAUUAAAAACCCUGACAUAUGUCCCCAAACCAAAUUUCAAAAGUGGUCAUUUAGUGAAUAUGAAGAGGAGGCCGUGUUGCUGGUGGAAUUUUACCAUUGUAUUUGCGAUUUUUGUCUUCGCUGUUGCAGUUUCAACCCAACUUCGUGUUGUUUGUCACCAUUUCAUCUAGUCUUCUGUCACUGUUUUAAGGCCAUGUGGCUUGUCAGAAUUUAACCCUGACAGGACCUCAGUAAUAGCAGCAAGGUUUACUCGAGUCACAUUCCUUUCAGUAGAAUGUACUGUACGUGUUUUGGCUGAAACCUUGUCACUGACAAAUACAAAAUCAGGGGCAGGCCCAGGAUUUUUCUUACGACGGGGUGCAGCACCAAGGAGUGGUUUAACUGACUGGUGAUAAAAAUAAAUUUUAAUACAAAAUACCAGUUGUAUUAGAAAUCCGCAGGUCACCCUAAGGUGUGGGGGGGUGCACACACCCUGCACACCCCCCUAGAUCCGCCCCUGAAAACGUCAUAUUAACCCGCAUUCCGCUCAAGGCUUUUCAUGUAAAUUACAAGUACACAGUAUAUGGUAGACUUUGCCAGACUCCUUACCUUGGUAAAUCAUCUGAAGUACAUGUGAUAGGUUAACAAGGCCCCCAAUGUGAAUGUUGAUAGAUAACAAGCAAAGGGUGGUCGCCUCCAGUGGUUUGUCGCAUCCUUAGUGAGUACUUCAGUGCAUCAUGGUUUCCUGAGUGUGACAGUUCAGAGCUGAAGGUCUUAUCACUAAUUUCUCAACCUUUUGUAGAGUCAACAAGACCUCUCUUUGUUGGAAGAAGGAGAACUUGAGCAACACUUGAAAAAUGCAUUAGAAGCUGACUCUGAGGAAAUAAGCACAUUGGCUUCUGCUGAGUUUAAAAGGCGAGCACUGAAUGACGUUGACACAAGGUCUAAGGACACAAGUCAGAGUGGCAGCUUUCCUGGAUCAGAACCAUUAUCUAGGAAAGAAUUCAUGUUUGAUGGUGUUAAGCACAGUCCAGCCAGUAGCAUGCAGGGGAGUAAAGGAAGUUUGUCAUCAUCAUCAUCAUUACCAAAAGGCAGCAAGGCAAGUCUUGUAUCAACCACACCUCCAAAGGGUAGUAAAUCCAACCUUGUAUCGACAAUAACUCCCAAGGGAAGUAACUCAAAUCUUGCGUCAUCAACACCUCUCAAAGGAAGCAAAAAAAAUCUUGUCUCAGACACACCUCUGACUGGAAGUGCUGUUAAAGUCAAUGUUUCAUCGGAGACACAGCCGUGGGAGAGCAGUGCAAGUUUUUCGACACAACUAGCUAGUGAACCAUCAUCUCAAAGGGAGGACAUUGGCCUUCAGGAACUCAACAAGUCUUCAACUGUGUCUAGUGUAAGUAUUUUAUAACAAGGGGAAACUCUCAGAGCAUUACCUUAAUAAUAUUACAGUGUGCAUUUGAAUAGAUCCCAGCUUGACUGAAAACAGUAGCACUAGCCUGCAAAUUAGUUUGCCUCCUUCCAGAUAUUAUUCUUAACCCUCUUAUUUUUAAUUAAUUUUAAGGUUUUUGUUUCAUUAUUAAGCCCCUUCUGAGGAGAGAAUGAUUAUUGUAAAUCCUCCUCCCUUAGGGGCUUAUUUAUUUCAAGUCCAUUUGAGGUGGGGUGGGGGGGGGGCUUAAUAGAGACGUGGGGCUUAUUUGAGAGGCGGGGGGCUUAUUUAAUUUAGAAAAGACGAUGGUAUCGGUUCUCCAUAGAGAACUAGAAUACGGAGAGGAAAAGCUCAAGUACAAGACUUUUUAGGUCGUGCAGCUGAGGAUCAGAAUCAAAUACGAACUUCCAGUUGGUAAAUAAACCAUCCCAGAUCAGUCCACACAAAGUUUUACAGUCAUGAUUGAUUAAUAAAGUCUGCCAUUUAUUAGUGAAGAAUAAUUAGGGGAGGGGAGGGGGGUUAAUAGAGAGGUCGGGGGGGCUUAUUAACUUUCUUCUCCUGAAAAGGGGGGGGCUUAUUAGAGGGAGGGGGCUUAUUAUUGGAGAGUUGGGCGCUGAAUAGAGGAUUUACCGUAAGUAUUUAUUUAAGGUACUUAUUACAGUGGAACCUUGAUAUAACAAAGGCCCAAGGGACUAGCAAAAUAAAUACGCUCGCUAUAAAGAGGUUUCGUUAUAUCGAGGUUCUUUUUCACAUAUUGCACUAUUCAUGGAACAAAAUAAUAGUUCGUUAUACUGAGGACAUCUUUCAUUAUAGAGGUUUUAUUUUUAUCAUGAUUCCACCGUACUUUACGGUUUAACAAAAUCAGAGCCGAUCAUAUACAAAAGUUUAUAGUAAUGAAAAGAUUAAUCAAAGUUAAGUGGUGACCACUUCUUCGCUUUGGACUCCACACGAUUCUGAGAAACUGGCGAGCUACCCACCCCUCCCCUAGCUCAAUUUUAACACUGACUUCUUACUCAGGACAAAAUGUUGGAUUGGGGGAGGAGUCAGUGGCUAGUUUUUCAGACUCUUAAAUUGACUCUUAAAUUCUGUUCACUUAAGGUAGACUUUUCCGGAAGCAUAAGCAAAGGUUUUCUCUGAAAUACCAGAAACUACUUUCUUUUCUUUCUUUCAGGAAUUCACUGUUGACACAGCUUCUAAUUCCAAUGACUUGAUGGCUUUUCUGCAGAAUUGGUAGCCACCGUAAUACAGUAUCGUAAUGAACUGUUCUAGAGCGCUAAGUGUGUUUUGGAAGUUCGUACAGUGUUACAACAAGCUAUCACAAAAUUUUGACUCUUUUCAAUUAACUAACUGACUUUCCUGGCAUGUUCAAAAACACAAACCCCAGAAUUAAGCUGCGAGAGUCUCUUUCCCGCAAUUUUUUUUAGAGGAGGGGUUGUCUGUGCACAGGUUACUGUCCCAGAGUGGCAAUGCUACUGUGCUAGCAUUUUAUGAUCACGUUAGAUGCCCCUCCUCUACCGGUGAAUGGUUUGAACCCAGAAGUCAUUUCAUUUGUUGUCCCUAUUCAUUUCCUACAGCAGUUGAGGGGAGAAGUUGAUAAAAUAUCAAGCAAAUUCAUCUUGUGUGAUCAUGUCCGUAAUUCUCAUGACCACUCUGUUUUACAAAGCAUUGAUAUUACAAGGAGAAAUCUGAUGCUGAUCACUCAAAAGGACAGUGACUAACGUUUCGACAACCAGUACGGUAGUCAUCUUCACAAAUCUUAAAGAGAACCUCAAAUGUUCAAAAUGACGGUCAAAAUUUCAAAGUCGUUUUUUUUUCAUCAGGCGAAAAAAAUAAAUUCCAUUGGUCUCCAAAAUGAUGCAAAGAACCAUGAUACGCCUUUUAUUUGGUCAAAAUUGAUACCGCAUGAAAAGACGCUAAUUCUUGGCUGUUAUAAUAGUAGGCAACUGAAAAACGUUAUUUUAGAGUAAUUGUAGCAGUUUGAUAUUCGUAUUCAGUUUUCUGACUCAUUUACGGCUCUUAAAAAAAUUAAAAUUUAGCAUUUAUUCCAAGACGACGACUCUUACUUUAGACGAUACCCAUUUCCCAUCUUCGUUAUCCAUGGAUGUUUUACCCCGCGUUAGGAUACCGUAAAAUUCCGAAAAUAAGCCCCUCCAUUUAUAAGCCCCCCAAAAUCGUAACACAAAAAAUCCUCCGUUAAAUCGCCCCUCCGAAUAUAAGCCCCCAGGGGGGCUUGUACUGGGAAUUUGCCCUCGAAUACAAAGUAAAACAAAGCAAAAAUGGUAAAUUUCCUUUCCACCAGAAGCU